UCCCGCUUCCCACCCCCGCCGGGCUCUGCGCGUCCCUCUCCCUCCUGCCUCUCUACCUCUGUCGGGGAGAAGGGAUGUUCACCGAGUGCUAGGAAGCACUCCCCAGAACUCGGGAAACCGGGAGGAACUCGCCAGCGGACAUGUAUGGGGAAGGUGGAUGUUGAGCCUGGGGUCCCUCCUGGCGCAGGUUGGCUGUAGGAGCGAGAAAGGGAACAACCUGCCUUAUCUUGCUUGCUCACCUGACUGUUGAUCGGAAAGUCUGCCCUGUGCUCAGUCACAGAAGAGAGAUCUGAGCUCUGCAGGCACUGUGAAGUCAAGUUUCCAGCUACUUCUGCCACUUGAAGACUCUGUAAAGCUCCUGUGUCACUCAGUGUUCCUGGGACACCCCUUCUGUCCCAAGAUGCUGAGAAGAGUCCUGUGUACAGUGUUGUUCAUGGGAGCCCUGCCACCACUGGCUGAAGCAUCCCAGGGCCACAUCUCAGUAGUCUUGCUGGGAGCCACAGGUGAUUUGGCCAAGAAGUAUUUGUGGCAGGGUCUAUUCCAACUCUACAUGGACCAAGUGAGCAGUGGCUACAGCUUCACCUUUCAUGGGGCUGCACUGACAGCUGUGGAGCCAGGGCAGAGGCUGAUGUUUGAUGUGCUGAAGAAGCUGGCCUGUCCCCCAGAUGAAUCUCCCAACAGAUGUGCUGUGCUCAAGGACCAAUUUCUGAAGCUGAGUCAAUAUCACCAGCUGAAGACUGCUGAAAAUUACACUGUGCUGAACAGAGAGAUUGAGACACUGCUUCACCAGGAGGGGCUGAAGGAGGCUGGAAGGAUCUUCUACUUCUCAGUACCACCAUUUGCUUACACAGAGAUUGCCCACCACAUCAACAGCAGCUGCAGACCCCCUCCAGGAGCCUGGUUGCGUGUGGUGCUGGAGAAACCUUUUGGCCAUGACCUGGAGUCAGCCCAGCAGCUAGCUGCAGAGCUGUCAGGCUUCUUCAGGGAAGAGGAGAUGUACCGGGUGGACCACUACCUUGGCAAACAGGCUGUAGCCCAUAUCCUGCCUUUUCGACAUCAGAACCGACGGUUUCUGGAUCCAAUUUGGAACCGACACCAUGUAGAAAGAGUGGAGAUUGUCUUGAAAGAAACUGUGGAUGCUAAAGGCCGCAUCAGUUUCUAUGAGCAGUAUGGAGUCAUCCGGGAUGUGCUGCAGAACCACCUCACAGAGGCCUUGAUGUUCCUGACCAUGGAGCUCCCAGACAAUGUCAGCAGAGCUGAAGAGGUUUUGCAGUGCAAGCUGAAGGCCUUCCAGUCCUUGCAGGGCCUGGAGAAAAAGAGUGUUGUGUUGGGUCAGUACCAGGCAUAUACCAGCCAAGUACAGGAGGAGCUGCAGAAGGCACAAGACUACAUCAGCACAACACCAACCUUUGCAGGUGUGCUGAUUCACAGUGACAACCCACGAUGGGAAGGAGUCCCUUUCCUCCUCACUUCUGGGAAAGCUCUGGAUGAACGGGUGGGUUAUGUCCGAGUUCUCUUCAAGAACCGGGCCUACUGCCCCCAGAGGGAGACUCUGAGGGAUGCAGAGCACAGCCAGUGUAAAGCCAAGCAGAUCAUCUUCUACAUUGGGCACGGUGCACUCAACACCCCUGCAGUGCUGGUGAGCAGAAAUCUUUUCAGGCCCAUCAUGCCAAAGGACACUUGGAGAGAAGCAGAGGGUCAGUCAGACCUGCACAUUUUUGGACAACCUUUGUCUGAUUACUACAUGUACAGCCCUGUGAAAGAGAGAGAUGCAUAUUCUGUCCUCAUCUCCAACAUCUACCAUGGAAGGAAGGACUUCUUCAUUACCACUGAGAACUUGCUGGCCUCCUGGGCCUUCUGGACACCACUGCUGAGUAGCAUUUCCCACCUGCCCCUGCGCCUCUACCCUGGGGGUGUGGAGAACCAGCACCUCUUGGACUUUGAAAUGAUGAGUGGGGAAGUGGCAUUCACACUGGCAGAGCCAUUGGAACUGCUGAACCCCAGCAGGCUGAUGCCAAAUGAUUACAGGACAAUUCAGUCCAAAUUUCGUCAAAAUCCCCUGGUCUCAGCAUGGUCUGAGGACCUGAUUUCCCAGCUGGCUUCUGACAUUGAGAAGACAGCAAGCAGGACCGUGGUGCAGACUGGGCAGUUCCACCUGGCCCUCUCAGGUGGCUCAAGCCCUGUGGUCCUUUUCCAGCAGCUGGCAAGGCACCACUAUGCCUUCCCCUGGAAAGACACCCACAUCUGGCUGGUAGAUGAACGUUGUGUCCCUCUCGCUGACACCGAGUCCAACUUCUUCACUUUGCACAAGCACCUCCUCCAGAGGGUCAGGGUGCCCUACUUCAACAUCCACCCCAUGCCUGUGCACCUGAACCAGCGGCUCUGUGUGGAAGAGGACAGAGGCACAGAGCUCUAUGCCAAGGAGAUCAUGGCCCUGGUGGCCAAUGCCAGCUUUGACCUGGUGUUGCUGGGGAUGGGCACCGAUGGGCACACUGCCUCGCUCUUCCCUCACUCUGAAACUGGUUUGGAAGGGGCUCAGACUGUGGUGCUGACUGAAAGCCCUGUCAAACCUCACCAAAGGAUGAGCCUUAGCCUACCCCUUAUCAACAAGGCCAGGCUGGUGUUUGUCCUGGUUUUGGGGAAGGGUAAGCACAACAUCACCACCCUGCUCAGCAGAGUGGGCCAUGAGCCAAGGAAAUGGCCCAUCUCUGGUGUCAGCCCCAGCUCUGGACAGCUGGUGUGGUACAUGGAUUAUGAAGCUCUGCUUGGGUGACACCUUCACAGUGUGCCUCCUCUCUUGUCUGCCUGGCCCUCAUAGCCUGGAUUUUCCUAUGCAAUGUCCAUGUUUUCCUGUUGCCAGCAGCAGCUUCAUCUCUGACAGACUCUUCUACCCUUCUGGGAAAUCUGUGGUCUGUGGUGCCUCUGACAUUUGAGCCCAGAAAGGAGCUGGGCUCAGUGUUCAGAGCUAAGUAGGAGCCAAGAGCCCAGUGCAGCAUUUCUGGCUCUGCCAGGGAUUCUGACUGUGACUUUGGACAAAUUACCUCACCUUGAAGCACCUCAGUUUUCCCUGUCAGACCUUUGUGGUUAUUAGCACUUAACUACCUCGCAGGCAUGACAGGAGACUUGUAAAUUAACUACCUGCCAAUUUUUGCAUUUUUACUUUUGAAAUUCUCAGGCUAGAAGACAUUAAUAACAUCUUCAUCCUCAGUCUGCCCCGCUCAGCCUGACUGUGACAGUCAUUGCCACAGUACAAUGAUGGUUCUGUGCAGAGGGGGCUGUAGUCUCAUGUGUGCAGCCCGUGUUGGUAUCAGGCAGCUGUGACCCUGGCCACGCUCUCCUGAAAGCACUGCUGCCUGUUUGCUUUGUGGCAUGUGGCCCCUCAAUGCUGCCACUGAUUUGAGAGCUCACUGCAGUCCUGAGGCUUUGCAAAUUGCCCAGCAGCAGAGGCUGAGUUUAUAAGCAGUAAUUUGCUGUUUUCAUUAAGUGGGUACCACAGGGAAAGGAGGAAGAAUCACAAUUCCUCCUCAACAUCACAAUUUAGGCUGUUGGAAGAAUGGGGAGGAGGUAAGCCAUAUGGCAGUGCACAGAGCUGUUAUUUGCCUGCAGUGCAAUAAUUAUUGAGGGAACUUCAGAGGAGUUGUUUGGGUUUAGCUAGCAAAGAAAUAUUUUCUUUAACCAUUUUUCUCGAACUCUCUGAAAUGAAUUUUUCUGUUCUCAGGAUUGAAGCUUGCAGCCUCAUUCGGUGGCUUCUAAAAUUUCUCCAGGAGGCAGCUUUGUAAACCAUUUGUAUAAACUUAAUAAACUUUAGCUUUAUAAACUAGGUAUCCAUUACAGCACACAUGAAGGUAGCUGCAGUGUCUUCAGGUGGUGUCAGUGGGGUCUCAGCUCAAGGACUUUCAUGGGGAGGGAAUUUUCUCUGUACAUAUCUCUUGGGCACAUGGACCUAGAGAACUGCACCUCUGUUUUGGCAGGACACUGUUAAGUGGUUAUAGAAGUUUAUAGUGCAGUUGUUCCCAGGAAGGGUUGGAGACAUCUGAUGCUUCUUAAAGUCACUAUUCCUCCCUUCCUAAUUCUCAUCUUCCCAGAACACUGCACAAUGGGUGUCUCUGCUUUCAUGAUACUCCCAAAUGCUUCCUGAUUUUUUCUAAUGGGCAAUUUAGCACAGCACUGCACCAGAAUGCAGCUUUUGCUGAGCGCAAGACGUGAGAAUUGGGGCUGAUGGUCCACGUGAAGAUUAGAGGCAUUCUCACUCACCCAGGGUGGCACCAGGAUAGGACAGAGCUGCAGCAGGAAGGCAGAGCAUGGAUGCUGGCUGCCACCAGCAGGGAUUCCUCAUAGGAAUAGGGGCCACUUUCAAGGGGAUUUUUCUCUUAUCAAUGCUGGCCCUGUUUCUGCAGGGAAGUAGCUGUGUGUGGCUGACCAGGUGGGGAUGGUGGGUCUGAGGUGGCCCAGUUGAAUGCUACUCUUUCAGCAGGGCUGGUCUGGGGCUGUGCCAGGCUUGGUCACCAUUCACAGCCCUGCAGCCUCACAAAGGGAAAAUGCAAUUCUCAGGAGCUGGACCUGGUGAGCCCUUAGGGACCUGGGAGCCUGAAGUAUAGGGAAGGAGAGAGACUUCCCUUUGGAAAGCUGGGCAGUAGGCUUCAGAUCCUUCCCUGCACAGGGAUCUGCUGAAUCCUAGUGAUGAAGAUGCAGAUCCUGGUACAAAUAGGUGCUCUGGUCUGACAGCAGAUGAAGCAAGGUGGGCAGGUGUGUUCAGCCUGUGUGCCCAGGUUUCCCAGUUCCUGCCUUGCAGCACAAUGCUUAUCCUGAUGCAGAAAUUUUCCUCUCCUAAUGCACCAAGUGAGCUCCAGGGAGCCUGUUACCCAUCAGCAAUGAGGUAACUGCUGAUGGGUACCUCAGCAGUAUGGUUAUGUUCUCUCCAUCAGGGAGAACAUAACCUGGCAGAAGCUUUGUGCAGCAGGAAAAGGCCAAAUUCUCAGGGACUGGCUGUGACUUCUUGCAGAUGCCCUCCCUCACCUUGCAGAUGGUCCAGAAAAGCUGGAUGUUACAUUCUGUGUUUGACUAAACUGAGCUGAGUUGUUCUGAUGUGCUUCUACUUUGCUUCCACUUGGGGAAGGAGGGGAGUUGUGGAAGUGCCUUGCCUGCUCUGGUCUGAUGACUGGGCUGGCUUUUCUCCCUCUUUCAUCCACCCUUGCUCCUGCCUCUUUCAUGGUUACAGGCAGGCUUAGCUACCAGAACAAACAGCAAAGGGUGAAAAUAAAUCACAGGGGAAGGAAAAAGCAGAGAAAAGCAGGAGGAAGGUGAGCACUGCAGGUUCCUUGCUGCAGGACUUGCUUGUCAAUGAAUAUGUAGAAUGUGGAGUCUGGAAUAAGAGGAGUUAACUGGAAUAACUCUCUUCACAGUUGAGUACUAGCAAAUCCUGGCUCCGAAGUUACCACAGUGGCUGAAACAGCUGUGCAGAGGAAAAUGUUUUAGGUCUGGUAUGUCCAUAAAUCCAAGCAUCAUAAAACUUCAUUCCAGUUCUUUUGUAUUUGGUGUGAGGGAACAAGUUUUAAUGAAAACUUGACCUAUGUAAGAAUAAACAUGCUGUUAUGAAUGACAGAAUUCAUUACUGCUUUAUAGAUGACUGGCAUUGAUGUUUUCUUAUUUCUCCACACUUUCUUGUUAGUAUUUAUCUGUCACCUCUUGAAUUAAACACUGACUUUAGAGAGGUCUAUUUGCACUUUUAAAUAAGUGUGUGUUUGGGCUAUAAGGGUUUUUUUUAGAACUGUGUUUUCUUUUAACAAAGACAAUUCCUGUUCAACUCUGUAAUGCUGAACAUUUGCCAAAUGAAAACCAAGUAUUUUUAAAUAGAUAAAAUCUGUGACUUGCAAGAGAAUGACUGUGGAUGGGAAGAAGGGUUAAAUGAGCAACAAAUCUGAUGAGGAAGAACUGUAGAAAUCCAGUGGGCUUUGGGCCAAGGAAGCAGUGCUAUUUUUAUUUUCUGCAAGCUAUUAAUAGCAGGUGUGCACCUUUUUGAGAGCUUGUAUUAACCUUUCUUUGCAAAAGCAACUCCAUGGAGUAAAUUCUUACAGUCUGUUUUAUUGAUACCUAUUUUAUUAUUUUUUAAAUGGCAAGGGCAUUUCUAGAAUUCAGUGAUAUGAUUAUAUGGAUGUUUUACAGAAAACUGACACUGGAAGUAAUUAAUUUUUCACUUGAACCUUUUAUAAAUCAAGAUGUAAAAUCUUAUUUUCCCAUGAGUAAAGUUUUGUGA